AUGUUUCGUGAUGUUCCUCCCUCCAGUAAAAUUCUAGAAGGUUAUCGCACUAUUACUCCUUCAGGACCUCGUCCUUUAACUGAUGAAUUUCAAGAGAUUUUGGCUGAGGCAGAUAAAGCCAAGAAAGGGGGCAGAGGGUCAAAGAAAGCUACCAAGAAAGACUCUGCGAAAGAAGGAACUUCUGAGGCUGUGAAACCUCCAACUAAAAAGCGAAAUACUCAUUCUACCUCUACUGCUGCACCAAAGCGAAGGAAGCAACCCGCUAGAAGGCAAAAAUCUCCCACUCCUACUCCAUCUCAGAGUGAAGGAGAAGAUUAUGAUUCUAAAAUUGAGUCAGAGAUUCGCAUUGAGGAGAAUCCCCCUGUUCGUACUGAAGAAGAUGCGCCCAUUCACACUGAAGAACAAGAACACGUUCACAAUGCGGAAGAAGAACAAGUUCACACCGCAUCACCUGUUCGCACUGAGGCCUCGUCUCCGAAUCGUGAGAUAACUCCACCACUUAAUGAUUUUGUUCCUUCUCCACCUUCCUCACUAAAAAGGACUACUUCUAUACCAAUCACCAUUGAACCUCUUCCACCACCAGUAUCGUCUCAACCACCCAUAACUAUUCCAGUAUCAAUCCCUGUUUUCACAGAUUCCACUGUUCUGCCUCAAACCUCUACUUCACCUGCUAUGACCGAAAAAGUCAAUAAACUAAUUGUUGACACAAGGGAAUUCAUGGAAGACUACAAGGACACCUACAACGCAACCACCACAACUACGAGAAAGGCUAUUCAGAAUGUUGGUACCAUGUUCCAAGCAGAAAAGACGAACUUUUCUGAACUUCGCAAGGUGUUCCAGUCUGAUCAUGAAGCAUUCUAG